CUGAGAUGUUGAUGGUCACAGACAGUAGGCUAUUAACACAACAAUGAAGUUAUGAAGAUUCAAGUGUUUAUGACGUUCCCUUUUUUGCACUCAUGAGACACGUCACUGUUGCUGGUAAACUUUGGUAUUGUGUGUCACAGUUUUUCAAGACGCUGUUGAACUUUGUUACAAUGAGACGACUUUUAUCGAAACUGAUAAACCGAGCGUUGCUGACUGAACCUUUUGCACCAAUAGUGGACAUUGGAGCAGGAGUCCACACAAAUGCUCGUCGGAGGCUGAUUGUGGGACUGGGCAACCCUGGAAUGAACGGUUCGCGCCACAGUGUGGGCAUGGCUGUGCUGGAAGCACUUGCUGCCCGGCUGAGGUUAGCUGAAAGCUGGCAUGGCGAUAGGCACGUUUCCGGUGAGGUCAUCGUAUCUGACAUCCAGGACACCCAAAUUGUGCUUCUCCGACCACGACUACUGAUGAACAUAAACGGUGUAUCUGUGGCCAAAGCAGCGGUUAAAUACAGCAUCAAGCCUGAGCACAUCCUCCUGGUCCAUGACGACUUGGACAAGGCCCUUGGGAAGCUUGCUAUGAAACGAGGAGGGAGCGCCAGGGGUCACAAUGGUGUGCGGUCCUGUGUUGAGUGUCUGCAGACAGAUGUGAUGCCCAGACUCCGUGUUGGGAUUGGCAGACCAUCGGGUGAAACAUUAGUGAACCGGCAUGUUCUGGGGCGCUUCUCUCAGGAGGAGCAGAAGAUUCUCAGCGGGGUUCUAGAGCAGAGUGUGGACAUUCUCCUCUCCCAGCUCACUGACGAGGAUGUGCAGUCUCCACUGUUGCCACCAGGAGGCAGACCGGCAUUACAGACUGGGAAACGGAGGGUUUGCUCAAUUUCUCCAGCAAAGGACACAACCUGCCAGACAUGAGACUGACCAGAGACUUUGACAGAGCCAGUGAAGCUAUGACGACACUCUGAUAGUAGCUUUGCUGCUGCUGCUAAAACAAAGCUGCCUCUUACAGAAACAUGAAAGUGUGAACAUGUUUUUAUCUAUUGGGACUUUAUUUAUUAUCUGGUUUGGGAUGUAUGUGAAAUGAAUACAAAGUAAGCACACUGCAUUUCAAAGACCAAAAGUGUAGAUAUGCAUAAGAUAAUCAUUGCAUCUCCUAGAAUAGUAUGCAUUCUUUGUUUUUUUGGCCUAAUCUACAAUUAUGUAAAAGGUCCAAGGAGUGACCAAGACAUGAUAUUAGAAUGAUUAAACAAUAAAACCAUCAUACCAAUAGCA